GUUAGAAGUAAAUAAGUACUUAGAAUUGCAUGUCACAUGGAAUUGUGUCCAGCAAACGGAGCAAAUAAAAGCUUUCUGUUUUGGUUAGGACAAAUGAUAUCGUAUUUCACAAAAUUCUGUGUCGGAAGCCUAUUAUCACUGAAAAACAGCCGUUCGUAUUUUGAUCCGUCGAGCAAACCAAGAGAAGCAGUUAGACUCCUUUGAGUGAGAUCUAGGCCGCAUUGAACUACAGUUCUGUAUUGAACCCCGUCGUUUCAAGAACUGUGCAAUUGCUUUAGUACCAGUGAAAUGGUUUCACGUGCAUUGGUCGCGGCUGGUGCAAUUUUUAUUGUCAUCGCUGUAACUGGUUUAAUUGCUACGAAUUUCGUCAAUAACAUGGAAAGCAAAGAAUUAGUUAAGGGUCGCCUAGGUAUUGUCAUAGAUGCAGGUGGAUCUGGAACGAGGUUGUCAAUAUUUGAAUUAAGAAAGGAUAAGGGAAUGCAAAUGAUCGACUACAUUGCAUGUGAAGAUAACGGUUUGGCAUCAUAUGAAAGAAACCCUGAACCGAUAAAAGACCUUUUAGUAAAAUGUCUAUUGAAAGCAAGAGAAAAUGUCCCUGUAGAAACAAGAAAAACUGUUCCGUUAUAUAUGGAAGCAACCGCUGGAAUGAGGAUUUUGAGGCUCAAAAAUCAAACUGCCUUUGAUAAGAUAUGGGAUAUUGUAAGAAAUUCUCUCAACCAGUCACAAUUCAAGUUCAAGCAUGCAGGGACUAUGACUGGUGCCAAAGAAGGAAUAACUGGCUGGGGUGCUCUGAACUACCUAAGCAGUGGAUUCAAGUCAACGAAAACUCUUGGUGCACUGGAACUAGGGAGUACUUCCUUUCAAGUUGUUUUCCAACCAGCCAAAAAAGACUUCGUUGGCGGAAGCGAGAUAUAUAAUUUUGACGGCCAUCACUAUAAGGCUUACGUGCAUUCGUAUCUGUGCUACGGUAGAAGUGCUUUUGAGCAAAGAUACCUUGCAAAACUUGUAGUGGAUCAAAAUUAUUCAAGCACCGUCAAGGAUCCCUGUGGUCAUCAAGGUAACAGGUUUUUUAAAACAUCUGAUUACUUAUGGGCCGUUCCCUGCUCAUCAGGCCCAUAUGCUCUGAAGACUUUUGGAAGCGAAUUAACAGGCCCAUCUGGCAAGACCUAUACAUUUACAGGCCAGAGCAAUUUCACAGAGUGCUUGAGCAGUGUUGGAAAAUUGAUAGACACGACGCGAUGCAAUCAUUCUAGUUGUAGCUUUUAUGGAGUUGCUCAACCAGGUGUUCACGGGGAUUUUGCGGCAUUCAGCGCAUUUUACUAUCCACCAAAAGACUUGAAUAUGAGUAAAACAGCAAAUCGAUCAGAAUACGAAUCAGCUGUUAAGAAAAUUUGCAGCAUGACAGCCUCAGAGGUAAGGACAAUCCCAUUGCCACCCAAAUACAGAUACACAUAUUGCUUAAGUUCAGCCUAUGCCUACAAGCUUUUGACACAAGGAAUCCACUUCAACGAUACCACAUGGAAAAUUACUUUUAUUAGAAAGGUAAACAGCAAUUCUAUCUCUUGGUCUCUUGGAUAUCAACUUAUGAAUGAAAACGAGAUGUCACAAGAAACCAUUCAUGUAAGCCGUUUGCUGAGCAAAACAGAGUUUAUUGGGAUCCUUUCCGCGUGCUGUAGUUUCGCUUUUCUUGGAAUUCUUAUUCUCUUUUCGGUAUGGUGUCGAAAUCUGCGAUACAGGAUCUAGAGACCAUGAAUUUGAAGGAACCCAGCUAUACAAUCCAAGAUAUUGAUAUUUUUGAAUAUAGAGUUCCUUGUAAGUAAAAUCUUGUUUUAUCGCUAGAAAAUGCUCUGUGUAAGAAAUUGUAUGGUAUGACGUACUACAGUAGUUGUUGA